AUGCUCGAUGAAAGAGACGCACAGCUUGAUGCGGAGGAGGAUGCUUCUGGACAAAAACCAAUCUGGCGCAGCGUCUAUAAUCUGAUGCGAUGCGCUUUGUCGACAUGCUCUUUUGGGCCCUAUUGUUGGGUUGAUCCAUUAGGGAAAAAGCAUUACCAACUGAAAACUCAUCAUCUGAGGCGCCUCGUCACCCACGUCGAGAAAGGCGGGGUUUUGGAAGGCCACAAGGAUGUGCCAGAAACGGUACGCGAAGAAUUAUACAUGGAAGAGCAACAGAGGCUAGAGAAGAAGAAUCGCAAAGGUGGAUAUACCGUUGAAAAUGGAUUGCCGUAUCCUCCUAUCAACAUCAACGUCCUGCCAUCGCAGUCUUCCGCCACGGGGUUAGACAUUCCGGCCGCCCAGGCGGCUGCCGACCCGAAGUCUCUAAGCCCGCUCGAGAUACCUGGACCUAGGGACGAAGCGGUCAAGGAAUAUAGUGAAUGGCAGGUGUCAAAUGUUACUGAUGACACCCUCAAGGCUGCAUUUCGACAAGUCUGUGACGUGAUGCUCGAGAAUGGUCUUGACCUUGAGCAGGUCUACAAGGAUCAAGACCCGGAAUUCUUUAUCGGUAAGGGCAUAAAGAUGGGCAUUGCUCGACGUUUCGUAGAAGACAUUCGGCGCUGGGUCGAGAAUGUGAAGAAAGCAAUCCCUAUUUAUGACAUAAUUUAG